GGUGCGGAGAGACAAGUCCCUGCAGAACUCUCACUUCUUCUCAGCUGUACUUAACCUACUACAUAUGCCAAGAUGAUGAAGGAUAUGAUAAUAAAGAACAUGACCUUCAAGGUCGGACAAACCCUGACUGUUGUUGGAGUCAUCAAAUCUGAUCCCAAAAGGUUUGCUGUGAAUAUUGGUGAGAGCGAGGACAGAAUUGCACUUCAUUUCAACCCUCGUUUUGAUGACAGCAAAGACAUAAAUAUAAUUGUCUGCAACUCUUUUGAUGGAGGCAGUUGGCGUCAGGAACAACGUGAGAAAAGCUUUCCUUUCAGCCCGGGAAAGGAAUUCAAGAUCUCCAUCCAGUUCACUUGUUCAGAGUUUGUGGUGACUUUACCAAAUGGCUCAACGUUCCAUUUCCCCAAUCGCAUGGGUGCAGAGAAAUACUCUGUUAUGGGCUUUCAUGGGGAUGUUGUCAUCAGAAGCAUUGAGAUCAAGUAAAACGACAUCCACCUAUAACCUAUAACAUCCUGUUAUGGAACUGUGCAGUUUUAAAGUAGUCCAAGGGAUUUUUUGGUUUGGAUUUGUAGUUUUUUGCUUGCAAGAAUCAUAUACAGUAAACUAUCAUCAAGUUUCCUUUAAUGUGCCUUUAAAUGCUUCACUAUUCACUAUUUGUAUUUUCCAAGACUUUUUACUUUUCAAUUCUUUCCUGCAAAAACAUCAAUAAAAGCAUGUUCUUCUAUGAAAAAAA